AUGGCUACGGAAGCCAAGUACAGCAUCAUCCGAGAAGUGGGCCGGGGGAGCUACGGGGUCGUUUAUGAAGCCAUCGUGAAUCAAACCAGAAGCAAAGUAGCCGUAAAAAAGAUGCACUGCAACGUGCCCGAAAACGUGGAACUGGCUCUGCAAGAGUUCUGGGCCCUUCAGAGCAUCCAGAGCCAACACGAAAACGUGAUCCAGUUGGAGGAGUGCAUCCUGCAGAACGGCCAAGUCUUUCAGCCCAUUAGUCACCGUUACCGAAAAUCAGACAGCCACCUGCUGCUCAUUGAGACCUGCCUGAAAGGGCGGAGGUGCAUGGAUCCCAGGUCAGCCUGCUCCCUCUGGUUCGUGAUGGAGUUCUGUGAUGGUGGCAACAUGAACGAGUACCUGCUGUCCCGCAGCCCCGACGCUCAGCUCAACCACAGCUUCAUGAGGCAGCUCAGCAGCGCCGUGGCUUUCCUCCACCGAAACCAGAUAGUGCACAGGGACCUCAAAUCCGACAAUAUUUUGAUUUCUCACCGACGUGGAAACCCCAUAGUAAAGGUGGCGGAUUUUGGCCUCAGCAAGGUGUGUCAGGGGAAAGGGAACAUCAACCAGCAUCGUUUCUCCUCUGCCUGUGGCUCCAACUUCUACAUGGCUCCUGAAGUGUGGGAAGGUCACUACACUGCCAAGGCUGACAUAUUUGCCCUUGGCAUCAUUUUCUGGGCGAUGGUGGAGAGGAUCACCUUCCGAGACAGGGAUACUGAGAAGGAAUUGCUUGGAACUUACAUCUGCCAAGGCAAGGAGCUCAUUCCCCUCGGAGAAGCCUUGCUGGAGAACCCCAACAUGAAGUUAAAAAUCCCCCUGAAGAACAAGAGGUCCAUGCCAGACGACCUCUGCAAGCUCCUGCGUGACAUGUUGGCUUUUAACCCCAAGGAGAGGCUGGAUGCCUUCCAGCUGGAAAUCAGAAUCAGGCUCAUCUCCUACGGCAAAAAGCGCCAGCGCUCCGUCUCCUAGAGGCGAAGGACGUUCAGGUGUGGUGUCCUGCUGUGAUCCGGAAGCCUCGGAGAUGGUGAACAACCAACCCUGCCUUCCUUUGGCAGGAGUGGGUGGAUCUGAAGACCCCUGCCAGCUUCCAGUUUUUCUGAACGGUUAUAUUUAAAUGGACAAUAAUUUUAUUUAUUUGUACAGUAAUUUUAAGAGGGCAGCUACCAAAAAAUGAUCUAUUUUUAUGCGAACCUUCGUUGUUUUUGUAUUUGCUUUCUUUUAUGCAGCGAGUAGGGCAGGUGAGAAGGUGGCUGAGGUGACCUUGACUGUCUGGCCACGCUCGGCACCCUCAGAGAGGAGUUUCUGAACUUGCUCUUUUUAAAGCAACCCUCGUGCAUCCUUUUGUUGCCUUUUUUUCUUUUUUUUUUGGGGUGUAAUUUCUUCUCUGCGCGUUGCUUGGCCACGUAACGGAGUGCUGUCUGCUGAAUGAGCUGGCAAAGUGUUCAGUGUCUAUUCUGAAAAGUUUGAGCAGAAACAAAAAAAAUGUAUUUUCUUCCCAGUGGCUUUUGAAUAUUCUCGCUUAGAUUAACCAAAAUGCUUUCUUAAAAUAAAUACAAAGAAUGUUAAAGAUGCCAACUCUUGAUUAGAACGUAUGCGUCACUAACACUUAAAGUAGUUGAAGGAAUCGUGCUUCCUGCUGUGUUAGCUGCUUGUGCCAGCUGUUCUGACAAGGGAAAUGAAAAGGACUGAACUGGAAUCUUGGCAGGUAAAUGGGGAGUCACAUUUGCACCCUGUUUUGAAAAAUAUAUUUUAAUGUAUCUGUAAACCACUGCUGAUCUUUGCUCUUCCUCGGGAGCUCCUGGAGCAGGUUCCUCCUGUGCUCUCGUGUUGUGCAGAGGGGAAAUAGUGUCCUUUGGGGACAGCUUCCUUUUGGGGGAAAGGAAUAAACUGCCAAAAAGGAGGAUAGAAUGGUGAGAACCUCUGUGCCACACGGAGGACAGGAUCACCUAUAUUUCUCUUAGAAACAGAUUAUUUGUUUCUUUCCCCCUGUCCUCUGCUAGGGCUGUGGCUGCAGCGUAGAAGACUGUGUUACAAGCAGAGUGCCACAAGCCAAAUUCAUGGAGAGGAUUGUUCUUCCUGCCAUGACUUUAUCCCGAGGCUCUGGGGAAGCUCGUUCCAUGGGGAAGCACGAUGUUUUCUCACCUGUAAAAUACAUUUGUCCUGCUCAAACAAUUCAAAUUGUUAAACUAGUUUUUUUUUUUAAUUCAGAGAAGCGUGUGAGGCGAUGACAGACACGGUUGCUUUGAAGCUCAUUCAGCUCAGCACCUGGUGGUGACCAGGAACCAGCUGGGAUGGUGGGGUCUGGGCCUUUGGUUGUUCCCAGCCACUGUCACCUCCUUCUCCUAGUCCUAGUUGUUGCCUUGAUUUUUUUUUUUUGUUUAAUUCUUGGAGUUCUGGGGGGAUCGUGACGUAGGAAUGUGUGCUGGGCUUUCCUUUCCACAGCUGUUGGCUAUAAAUGUUCUUCUGCUUUGCAGAGGUUGCUUCAUCCUCCUCUUUCCUGUCCUGCAGCCACUGCUACUCUAUUGUCCCCUUCCUGCCACCUCUCCCCAGAGCAUGCUGCUGGGCUUCCAGGGCUGUUUUCCAUUGAGACCAGCUCCAUUUUUCUGGAAUACAGACAGGUUUGCACACCCUGGCAACACCUGAGGGAACUGUGGAGCGCAAGGGUGGCUGUUUACUCAUUUUCUGCCUCGUUUUUGCCACGGUAGUGAGUGUCCUCACAGCUGCUAGAUAGUUUUAGCUUUA